GCUAUAUUUAUCACAAGCUUUCAGAUUUGCAUCGUGGACUAGCAUAUCAUAGCUUCUGUUCAUGCUCUCCACCUGCUGGCUGCUGCGUUAUCUUCCUGACGGAGAGAAUCCCUAAAUGGAGAUGUUCCUUUCUGCAGUCCUGGGUGAACUGUCCACUAGAUCCAUAAAUUUCUUCAUCGGCAAAAUCUCCAAGACGACACCACUUGACAUGGAGGAUCACCUCAGCAGGGUCCUUCUCAGGGCACAGAUCAUCAUCGACGAGGCCAUGGGGCGGCACAUCUCCAACCAAGCUAUGGUCCAGCAUCUGCACAUGAUGAGAGAUGCCAUGCAUCGAGGCUAUUAUAUGCAUGCUCGACACCUUUAGGGGCCAAUCUCAUGAGGAGGACACCAAAGAGACACACCUAUUUCGAAACGACUGCAAGAGGGGAUUGACGAAUUGACCUCCAUGAUCCUUGAUGCGAAAGAGUUGGUUGUGUUCUUGACGAGCUACCCUCACCUGUACCGCCAGCCUUACAGCAUGCAUCUCGUCCUAGGAAACUGCAUGUUUGGCCGCCAGAUGGAAUCUGAAAUUGUCAUCAACUUCCUGUUGCAAACACAACCUUAUGGUGCUGAAGAACUGGAGGUCCUACCAAUUGUCGGGCCAAUCUUUGUCGGCAAGAGCACCCUUGUUGCUCAUGCUUGCAAGGAUGAAAGAGUCCGUGAUCAUUUCUCAGAAAUCUUGUUCUUUCAAAACUACAGUUUUACAGAUGAUGAGCUAGCUACUCUCAGAGACGGAUGUGCAAGAAUACAUCUAAAUCAUGUGUCGAUUACAAACAAAGAUAGGAGAUUGCUGGUUGUUAUCGAGUUAGUUGGGGAUCUCAAUGAAGAUGAAUGGAACAGGUUGUAUUAUGCUUCUAAAAGGUUUGUCCCAUGCGGUGGUAAAAUCAUAGUUACAAGCCGCUCUGAGAAGAUUAAAAAGUUUGGAACAACACGGGCUGUAACUUUGAAGUAUCUGCCCCGUGAGGCGUACUGGUAUUUCUUCAAGACACUUGCGUUUGGAAGCAUGGAUCCCAAGGUACAACCAAGGCUCACACAUCUGGCCACGGAGAUAGCCAGUACACUGGACGGUUCCUUCGUUGCCGGGAAUUUCACUGCCCGUUUGUUGAGGGACAACUUUGACAUCCUAUUUGGUCCAAGGUUUUGACCUUCUUGAGAGGGUCUUUGUAGAAGCUUAUCUCUAGAUUUGGUGAGCAUCCAAUUGAUCUUCUGAAGCAAAACAGACCUGCGAAUCUUGGAAGAAUGGCUACGCCGUCUGAAGUUUUUGUUCUUUCUCAUCAAUAUGGCUCUGCACAAGACAAGGUUCCAAAGAUAAGACUCCAAGAUGUGAUGUAAGCUGGGUGCCUUUGAAUAUGAGUGGGGCUCCUAGUCUAGGCGGCUUUUAAGACUAGUGGGAAAUUUAAGUUCCUAUCAUGGAGGUCUUCGAUAGCGCGCUACUUUAGCUAUGGUUGUACUUGUAAGAUUCUAGAGCUAGAAGCUGCAGGAGUCAAGAGGAAGCGUUCUAUGAAAGAUGGGGACAAGCUUAUGUAGCAGGAUAGGUGAAUAUGUUUGUUAGGGUAUUCCAAGUCACAACUUACAGCUAGCAUAGAGUCAUGAUAUGUUGUGUUCAGUAUAAAUAGAAUAAUGUGUGACUUUGAGGCUAGACUUAUAUGGCAGGUAAUGAAGUGUUUCUUAUUGGUUUCACUCCAGAUACUAUGAAUUCGUUGACUUUGAUUUGCAGACUUGCCUUUUCUUUCAGUUUCAAUUCAGCCCUACAAGACACAUUCUGAACCAAAAGAGAUCUGCAUGUCUGCACAUCUUGGGAGAGUGGCUACACCUUCUGAAGAUUUGGUUAGCAUCCUUUCGGUCUUUUGAACCAAACAAGAUCUGCACAUCUUGGGAGAGUGGCUACACCUGAAGUUUUGAUGGUUGAUCGCUAGUAUCAGCUUUCUUCAGAAU